AGAAGAUUCCAGAUGGCCACAUCCACCUAACCUCCACCGACUCUUUUGACGCUUAAUUUUCUCGCAAUUUCCGGAGAGGACAAAGUCGUGCCCUUCAUUUCAGUCAUUGUGUUCUGUGCUUCUUCUAUAAAUUAGGGUUUCGUCUGCCCCUAAAUUAUCUUAUUUUGCAUUCUCUUCUUUGCUGCGAAGCGCUUUCAUCCUCAGUAGGCUCGAAAUUCUCGGUUUUUCAAGGUUUGGAUCUGAGCUAUCUUAAAUCUUUUCUUUGCAAUUGAUCUACUUCUUGUUCUUUAAUUAUGAUAUUCAGCACAUUUAUAUUGAUCUGCACGCUUCGUUCUGUAGCGGAUCUUAUUGAUCUGUGUUUAAUCGAUGAUAAUAUAAGAUUUCUUCUCUUUAUAGAUGCAAAUCUUCGUGAAAACCCUAACUGGUAAGACCAUCACUCUUGAGGUCGAGAGUUCUGAUACUAUCGACAACGUUAAAGCAAAGAUCCAAGACAAGGAGGGUAUUCCCCCAGAUCAGCAGCGUCUGAUCUUCGCCGGGAAGCAGCUCGAGGAUGGCCGUACCCUCGCUGACUAUAACAUUCAGAAAGAAUCUACUCUCCAUCUAGUACUCAGACUCCGAGGCGGUAUGCAGAUCUUCGUGAAAACCCUCACAGGGAAGACCAUCACCCUUGAGGUCGAAAGCUCCGAUACGAUCGACAACGUCAAAGCCAAGAUCCAGGACAAGGAAGGGAUUCCCCCCGAUCAGCAGAGGUUGAUCUUCGCUGGAAAGCAGCUUGAGGACGGCCGUACCUUGGCCGACUACAACAUUCAGAAAGAAUCUACUCUUCAUCUAGUGCUCAGACUCCGUGGCGGCAUGCAGAUCUUCGUGAAGACCCUCACAGGGAAGACUAUAACCCUUGAGGUCGAAAGCUCCGAUACCAUCGACAACGUCAAAGCCAAGAUCCAGGACAAGGAAGGGAUUCCCCCCGAUCAGCAGAGGUUGAUCUUCGCUGGAAAGCAGCUCGAGGACGGUAGGACCCUUGCAGACUACAACAUACAGAAGGAGUCAACCCUUCACCUCGUCCUUCGGCUGCGCGGUGGUAUGCAAAUCUUCGUGAAGACCCUUACCGGCAAGACCAUUACCCUUGAGGUUGAGAGCUCAGACACGAUCGACAACGUCAAGGCGAAGAUCCAGGACAAGGAAGGCAUUCCUCCGGACCAGCAGAGGUUGAUUUUCGCUGGGAAGCAGUUGGAGGAUGGUAGGACUCUCGCGGACUACAACAUUCAGAAGGAGUCUACUCUCCAUCUGGUUCUGCGUUUGAGGGGAGGCAUGCAGAUUUUUGUGAAGACCCUUACUGGGAAGACUAUUACCCUGGAAGUGGAGAGCUCUGAUACUAUUGACAAUGUCAAGGCAAAGAUCCAGGAUAAGGAAGGGAUCCCCCCAGAUCAGCAGCGUCUCAUCUUUGCUGGAAAGCAGCUCGAGGAUGGUCGCACACUUGCAGAUUACAACAUCCAGAAGGAGUCUACCCUCCACCUUGUUCUUCGUCUUCGCGGCGGUGAUAUCUGAGAAGUAUUGUUUGCCUGGCGAUGGAUUGCGGUCGAUUGGCCCUUUCUGCUAGUUGGCGUGAAUAAAAUGUCCUAAUGUGCUAUGGUUCUGUGCGAAGGCGCCCCAUCAGUUUUUUUUCGUUUUUGUUGUUAAAGCAAUGUGUUUGUUAGUUGCGUCUCCGAAGUCGUAAUACACUCUUGGUUUUCUUAUUGUAA